UAAUAUGGCGGGGAGAAGGAGGAGGAGAAGGCGGCGGACCCAGAUGCGCUCUGCCUGAACCGACGGAGGCCUUUGCUUCUGAGGGAGGUCGGUCCACUGGCAGAGAAGCUGACCAGGCGGUGGGUGUCAGCGUGACAGUGGGAAGAUGGAGGAGUAUGAGAAGUUCUGUGAGAAAGCACUCACACGAGUUCAGGAAGCAUCGCUGUCUGCAGAGAGCUUCCUGCCUGCCCAGGCACAAAGUGUCUCACUCAUCCGCUUCCACGGGGUGGCUGUGCUUUCUCCACUGCUUACCAUUGAGAAGAGAAAGGAAAUUCAGCAGGAAAAGCAGAAAGCGCUUGAUGUACAAACAAGGAAGCAGGCCAAUAGGAAGAAAGCUUUACUGACUCGUGUCCAGGAGAUUCUUGAAAAUGUCCAGGUUAGAAAAGCACCGAAUGCCAGUGAUUUUGAUCAGUGGGCGACAGAAACUGUUUCCUGUAGUCCAGAAUUUAGAGACUUGAAUGCUCCUGCUACUGUUCCAAACAGCUUGCCAAGCCCCACUGAGGACUGCACUCCAGUAAAGCUUGAGAAGAUAACUGGACUUUUGCCAUUGGGGAAUAAGGACCGACAUAGCCCUAAUGAGCUGAGCCUGUCCAGAGACUCCAAAGGGUCUGGUUCUCCUAAGCGGGGUGCAAGUCCAGACAGCAGGCAGACAGUAAAUGGAGCUGCUCUGAGGCUGUCUACAGGGAGCUCACAGGAGACUCACAUUUCUGACAGUCCCCUCUUAGCAAAGGAAAAACAGGACCCAUCAUGUUUGGCUGACAUCACUCCAGAUCCCUACAUAAUGAGCCUUCAGAAUCUAAUGAAGAAGUCAAAGGAAUACAUGGAAAGAGAACAGGCUAGACGAAGUCUGAGAAGUAGUGCAAAGAGAAGUGUUAGUGAAAGUCAUUCAGACAAAGAAAACGAUGCUGCUAAGGCAAGUGACUGUGUGAAGGAGAAGGCCCCACCCAUGCCUACAGGCAGGCACUGUGGCUCCACCAUCCCUGACAAACCAAGCCUUAAUAAGUCAAAUGUUCUCCUCCAAGGUGCUUCUCAAGCAAGCAACAUGGGCACUUCAGUUUUAGCUAGCUUUUCCAAAGUGGAUCUACCUGUAGGAACUGACUCUCCCGCUGUUCCAGAUGUCGAGUCAGCUUUUAAAGUUUUCCCUACCUUUAUUACUGAAAAUAAAGGUAUCAAAACUCUUACUGGUCCAUAUGCCAAAUUACCUAGUCCAGAGCCAAGUGUGAGUCCUCCAAUGCACCGAAGGCGGUCCAGGCCAUCAUCAGCAUGUCAGAUCCUUAUAAAUAACCCAGUAAAUGCCUGUGAGUUGAGCCCAAAGGGAAAAGAAGAGGCAGUGGAUAGAGUUGCUCCAGCUGCUGCUGAAGAAACAACAAAUGAAUCUGAAAUUGUGCCAAAGUCACCAACUGAUUUAACAGGAGUUUGUUCAAGCAAGGUUUCUGCCAGCAAAAUCCUAUUGGGUACCACAAGAGAUACGGUUGUAGGUAAGCCAAGUCAGGUAUAUCAGGCAUUAGGAAAUCAAUUAGACAAUAAAGUCACUGUUGAGCAUGCUGCUAUGGAAGGUCCCAUCAUAGGUGAUGAGAGGGAAAUCCAGAAAGUUGACAAUACUUGUAUGGCUGUGCCCAAGUUGCAUGAACUACACACCACUAGUCAGUGUGUAGCAAGUCAAGCCGUGGAAGAUGUGUGUGGACUCAAGUCAGCCAGUAUGUUAGCAAAAAACUCCUGCAAUUUACAAAUGGAACUAAAUAAAUCGUAUGAUGUAAAAAACCCAUCUCCCUUACUUAUGCAAAACCAGAAUUCCAGACAGCAGAUGGACACACCUCCAGUGCCCUGUGGAAAUGAACAGUUUUUGAAUAACAGUUUUGAAAAAGUUAAGCGGAGACUUGAUUUAGAUAUUGAUAGUUUGCAAAAAGAAAAUUGUCCUUACAUUGUAACAGCUGGAGUAGCUGAGCAGGAGAGGGACCAUCUGCCAGAAAGAAGAUACCCUAAAGGAUCUGUCUGCAUGAACAGGAAUAAGAUGCUAGAAACUAGCCCUAAAGAAGGCCAGGAGGUACUAAAAAUGAAGAUGUUAGCUUUUGAAGAAAUGCGGAAGAGACUGGAGGAGCAGCAUGCCCAGCAGCUGUCACUCCUCAUAGCGGAGCAGGAGAGGGAGCAGGAGCGACUACAGAGGGAAAUAGAAGAGCAGGAGAAGAUGCUGACAGAGAAGGCGGUUACGGCGGAUGUCUCUGACUUGAACAGUAUGUUGGAGCUGGAGUGGAGAAAAAGAAGUGGUUCUGCUCUGCUAGAAACAGUGUUGUCCCAAGUGGACUUGCUCCAGGCUUCAGACAACUCUGGCUUCACAAAUUCUGCCCUACAACAAAGCUUUGGUUCUGCAAGUGAAGGACCAUUCUACCUCUGGGGAUCACUGACCAGUGGCGUGACCAAACUCUCAAUAACAAGGCCUUUUGGAAGGGCCCAAGCUAAAUGGUCUCAGGUUUUUAGUCCAGAAAUACAAGCAAAAUUUAACAAAAUAACUGCUGUGGCAAAAGGAUUUCUUACUCGUAAACUUAUGCAAACAGACAAACUGAAGCAGCUUCGACAAACUGUAAAAGACACUAUGGAAUUCAUACGAAGCUUUCAGUCGGAAGCCCCGCUGAAGAGAGGUGUUGUCUCAGCCCAAGAUGCUUCCCUUCAAGAGCGAGUGUUAGCUCAGUUGCGAGCUGCCCUGUAUGGUAUUCAUGACAUCUUCUUUGUAAUGGACGCAGCUGAGAGAAUGUCAAUCCUCCAUCAUGAUCGAGAAGCCCGGAAAGAGAAACUGCUCCGGCAGAUGGAUAAAAUGAAAAGUCCACGAGUGGCACUUUCAGCGGCAACACAGAAGUCUCUCGACAGGAAGAAGUUCAUGAAAGUUGCUGAAAUGGGAAUGCCAAAUAAGAAGUUUCUGCUUAAGCAAAACCCUUCAGAAACGAGAGUCCUUCAGCCAAGCCAAGGACAGAAUGCACCUGUUCAUAGGCUACUUAGUAGACAAGGAACCCCUAAGACAUCAGUGAAGGGGGUUGUGCAAAAUAGACAGAAGCCUUCACAGAGCAGAGUGCCUAACAGAGCGCCUGUGUCAGACUGCGGUAACUCAGGCGGCUGGAAAAUCAUUGCGGAGAGCAUAUGCAGGAAAAAUCCAAAGAAAGCGGCCAAAUGUUGCGACAAUUUAAGAAGACAGCAUUCACUGGGAUGAAGCAGGGGAGGAGGGCGUGUUGUUACCCACAUUCAUUCCCUGGCCAGGACUUUUGUUUUAGCCUUGGACUAUGUUUAUCCAGGCAAAGGGACAGCAAGGGCUGAGCAUUGUAUGUGUUUAAUUUGGUCAGUUUGGAGAAUUCCUGCCUCAUUUUCCUAUUAAUGUUAGUUUGAGUGAAGAUGAUUAGCAUUUAGUGAUUGCCUCGUCUCUGAGCUUAGCAUAUAUAAACAUACUGUAUGUACUCAGAGGUCUACAGUAACCCUUUUUUAUAAACAUAAAAAGAAAUUUGGACUUAUUUUUACAGAGUGUUGAAAAGAUACCAUCAAUUGUAAAUUAUCCCUAAAACCUAAACUUUAUUCAUGACUAUAUACUGAUUGCUGAAUUUGAUAAACAAAUUAGAUACUAUUCUAUUCAAAAGGAAAUUAUUGCAGAAGUAUAUGUUUUUCUAAUUUUAAACACCCAAGAUUCCAUCUCCUUUGACUUGCAGUAUAGCUAUAUAGGAUGAAACAUUUGGCACAGUAAAUCCCAAACAAGAAGUGGCUGGGGGUCAUGGUUUUGGGUAGAAGAACAUUUCUGUGGAUAACUAGUUGUUUUACAGAAAUGUUAGGUUUCAUGUAUGUUACUAUUAUGUAUAGGUAGACUAAUAAGGUCUUUCUUGGAAGGUGGCAAGUUUAGAAAAGACAGCACAAUCUUUAUGAAUAUAGCACCCGGGAAUGCAUUGUGAAAAUAAGGACAGCAGAUUGCAUGCAGUUACUUCUAUUUCAUCUGUAUAAUUUAUUCUUUUUCCAGCAUGCUUUAAUUAGGAGAGAAUAAAGGGCUAUUUAAUAAGAAAUCAGGUAGAUACAUAGUAAUACUGUCUAGUUUAAAACUUGCAAUAAAGGCACCGAGACUUAUGGCUUUCAUGACUAACAUGUUCAUUAAAUGCAUCAACCAACAGUAUACCAAGAGAAUAUGAUUUUAUGAAAGAGAAUGUUACUUUUCAUAUAAUUCUAAAAAGGGCUUUGUGCUUCUUACGUAACAUUGGAAUUGUGUAUAUUUGAUCCUUACAACUUGAAUUUUAAAGAUAGUAGUAUUUUGAGGAUGCAGCCUAUAUGUAUUCUUAAUAACCUUUUAGGAAUAUGGAGAUAAAGAUUGUUUUUCUGAUUUCCUUCCAUCUGAGAUUGACUUUUAUACCCAGCCAUAGUUACAAGGAAUAACUCACUCUGGGUAUAAACUUGGUUUUCUUUAUUGAGACUUAACCAUUUAUUGAAUAGAAGAAGACAGUCAAAAAAAAAAAAAAGUCCAGGUUAUUGCCAGGUGGUGGUGGCAUACACUUUUAAUCCCAGCACUUGGGAGGUAGAGGAAGGCAGAUCUCUGAGUCUGAGGCCAGCCUGGUCUACAUAUUGAAUUCCUGGAUAGUCAGGGCUACACAGAAAAACCCUAUCUUGAAAUAACAAAAAAACUAACAAAAGUCCACAUUACAAAUGUUUUACUUGUAGGAAAGGUAUACCGAGUUAUUACCUUUCAAAUGUGAUAAACUGUGCUUCAUUGUUCCAGACACUCAGGACACUUACUUGUAUCAUUGUGGCCUCUUCAGUAAGAAGAGGAGCUGUGUGUAUUACUAUGAAUUAGCUAAAGAACAGUGCAUUUGGAAAGCUACAACUACUUUUAGAUUAAGGAUGAGGAACUGGAGUGUGUUUUUAUUUUUUUUGGUUUUUCGAGACAGGGUUUCUCUGUGUCUUUGGAGGCUGUCCUGGAACUAGCUCUUGUAGACCAGGCUGGCCUCGAACUCACAGAGAUCCACCUGCCUCUGCCUCCCAUGGAGUGUGUUUUUAAUUUCAAGGUAAAAGUUUGUCUGUUUUACUUUUGGAUGUUCACAAUUUUCUCUCAGAAAAGUGCCAGGCACUGUUUUGGGCUUUUGAAAUUUUAUUUAUAUGUGUUAUGUUUAUUGUUAUUUUUACUUUGACUGGAAUGUCUAUUAAUGUAAAGUGUAUUUAUUUUUAUACUUUGAUUUUCACUAGUCUUGCUUCUAGGUAAAAGGCAAAAUAAACUUUUCAUCCUAAAGGAAA